AUGCAUCUCUACAAUCUUACCCUACAGCACCCAACGGCAAUAGUUCAGGCCAUCGUUGGUAAUUUCUCUGGAGCAAGGCAGCAAGAAAUCAUCAUAUCGCAUGGCACGCGUCUCGAGCUACUCAGGCCUGAUCCACAAACGGGGAAGGUCGCGACCGUUAUCGCGACGGACGUCUUUGGGUCCAUUCGGUCGUUGGCUGCUUUUCGACUGACUGGAGGGACGAAGGACUAUGCAAUCGUAGGCUCUGACUCCGGCCGAAUUGUCAUUUUGGACUACGACCCCAAAACGAGCAGCUUUGUCAAGCUUCAUCAGGAGACGUAUGGCAAGUCCGGCGCUCGUCGGAUAGUGCCAGGCCAAUAUCUGGCUACAGACCCCAAGGGGAGAAGUGUCAUGAUCUCUUCCAUGGAAAAGUCGAAGCUGGUGUAUAUUCUGAAUCGCGAUGCUGCUGCCAAUUUGACUAUUUCUUCACCGUUGGAAGCCCAUAAAAACUCGGCUAUUAUACACCACAUUGUGGGUGUCGAUGUCGGCUUCGAAAACCCCAUGUUCGCGGCGCUGGAGGUUGACUACUCAGAGUCGGAUCAGGAUCCCACAGGGGAGGCCUUCAAGAAUGCUGAGAAGAUGCUUACUUACUACGAAUUGGACCUCGGCUUGAAUCACGUCGUCCGUAAAUGGAGCGAGCCAACGGAUCCUCGGGCAAACCUACUGGUGCAGGUUCCUGGAGGGCAACUUGCGUCUUCGGAUCGGUUCGACGGCCCUUCUGGUGUUCUCGUUUGUUGCGAAAACCACAUCAUCUACCGCCAUAUGGAUGCACCCCAGCAUCGUAUACCUAUUCCUCGUCGCAGUAAUCCUCUAGAAGAUCCCAAUCGAGGUAUCAUCAUUACAGCCGCUGUCAUGCACAAAAUGAAGGGCGCAUUUUUCUUCCUUUUGCAAAGUGAGGACGGUGACCUGUUCAAAGUUACGAUCGACCACGAGGAUGAGGAAGUCAAAGCCGUUAAAAUCAAGUAUUUUGAUACUGUGCCUGUUGCGUCCAGUUUGUGCAUUCUGAAGUCUGGUUUUCUCUUUGUUGCAUCCGAGUUUGGCAAUCAAUAUCUGUACCAAUUUCAAAAGCUUGGUGAUGACGAUGAUGAGCCAGAAUUUUCUUCCACUUCGAACCCCUCCUUUGGCAUGGCUGACCCAUCGACACCUUUACCGCGCGCAUACUUCCGACCCCGGCCUCUGGACAAUUUAGCAGUUGCUGAUGAGAUAGAGUCGUUAGAUCCAAUCCUGGAUUCCAAAGUAAUGAACCUUCUCCCUAACUCGGACACACCCCAGAUAUUUGCUGCCUGUGGACGUGGCGCACGCAGUACACUGAGGACUCUGCGUCAUGGACUCGAGGUCGAGGAAUCUGUCAGCUCUGAUUUGCCGGGUAUCCCAAAUGCUGUUUGGACUACGAAGAAAAAAGAGGACGAUGAAUAUGACUCAUAUAUCAUCCUCUCGUUCGUCAAUGGAACUCUCGUCCUUUCCAUUGGUGAGACGAUUGAAGAAGUCCAAGACACGGGAUUCUUGUCUUCUGCGCCAACCUUAGCCGUGCAGCAAAUUGGUGCCGACGCGCUCCUUCAAGUUCACCCGCAAGGUAUCCGACACGUCUUAUCCGAUCGUAGGGUGAACGAGUGGCGGGUGCCCCAAGGCAAAACGAUCGUCACCGCGACCACCAACAAACGCCAGGUUGUCGUAGCUCUCAGUUCCGCAGAAUUGGUCUACUUCGAGCUUGACCUCGAUGGCCAGCUCAACGAAUACCAGGAUCGCAAGGCAAUGGGCAGUACCGUCUUGGCUCUCAGUAUAGGCGAAGUACCUGAUGGUCGCCAGCGGACACCGUACUUGGCCGUUGGUUGUGAAGAUCAGACCGUUCGCAUUAUUUCGUUGGACCCUGAUAGCACCCUCGAGACGAUUAGUUUGCAAGCACUCACCGCCCCACCCUCCUCCAUCUGUAUAGCAGAUAUGCUAGAUGCCAGUAUCAAUAAGUCGCAACCUACAAUGUUUGUUAAUAUUGGUCUUCAAAAUGGUGUCUUGCUACGCACGGUCCUCGAUCCUAUCAAUGGGCAGCUGACAGAUACAAGAACUCGCUUCCUAGGUACACGUCCAAUUCGACUCGUUCGAGUGCGGAUACAAAAGAACCCAGCCAUACUUGCACUAUCGUCACGGUCGUGGCUAAACUAUACUCACCAAAACCUCAUGCACUUCACUCCGAUCAUAUUCGACAACCUGGAUUAUGCCUGGAGCUUCUCCGCUGAACUGAGUCCAGAAGGUCUGAUCGGUAUUUCGGGAAGCGUUCUACGGAUCUUCCAAAUACCGAAGCUCGGUAUGAAGCUCAAGCAAGAUUCUAUCCCUCUCUCCUACACCCCGCGAAAAUUCAUCACUCAUCCGACAAACCAAUUCUUCUACCUUAUUGAGGGUGACCACAGAGUGCUUGGAGACGCUGCUGUUGCUUCCAAGUUAGCUAAACUCCGUGAAGAGGGAAGAAAGAUCGAUGAGGAAGUCAUCAAUCUACCCCCUGAAGUGUUUGGAAGACCCAGGGCUCCAGCAGGCUCAUGGGGCUCGUGUAUUCGUAUCAUCGAUCCUAUAAAGGCAAAAACUGUCAACGUGCUUCACCUAGAAGAGAAUGAAUCUGCGUUCUCUUUAGCUAUUGUACCAUUCUCUGCGAGAGGUGGUGACCUUCACCUCGUAGUUGGCACCGCCGUCGACACCACCCUUUCGCCACGCUCGUGUACAACAGGCUAUCUUCGCACGUACAAGUUCAAUGAAGAUGGAACAGACCUAGAAUUGCUGCACAAGACGGAAACGGACGAUGUGCCGUUGUCAGUCAUGGCGUUCCAGGGCCGUCUAGUCGCUGGUGUAGGAAAGGCUCUCCGAAUAUACGACAUUGGGAAGAAGAAGCUCCUCCGCAAGGUUGAAAACAAGAGCUUCGGUUCUGCCAUCGUCAGUCUCAACACGCAGGGCUCUCGUAUACUCGUGGGUGAUAUGCAAGAAUCAAUCACCUUCGCGGUCUAUAAAGCACCGGAGAACCGUCUCCUUAUCUUCGCAGACGACUAUCAGCCGCGAUGGGUCUCCGCCACCGCCAUGGUCGAUUACAACACCGUCGUGGCAGGCGACCGUUUUGGCAACAUUUUCGUGAAUCGGCUGGACGCCAAGGUCUCGGAACAAGUAGACGACGACCCAACUGGUGCCGGGAUCCUGCAUGAGAAAGGAAUACUGAUGGGCGCACCCCACAAGACGUCCAUGAUUGCGCACUUCCAUGUGGGCGACCUUGUGACUUCCAUUCACAAGGUCUCGCUAGUCGCCGGCGGGCGCGAAGUGCUCCUGUACACAGGCAUCCACGGUACGAUCGGCGUGCUUGUCCCCUUUGUCUCCAAGGAAGACGUCGACUUCAUUUCCACGCUCGAGCAGCACAUGCGUACGGAGCAGAGCAGCCUUGUAGGGCGCGAUCAGCUCAGCUGGAGAGGGUACUACGUCCCAGUAAAAGCUGUCAUCGAUGGCGACCUCUGCGAAACAUUUGCUCGACUCCCCGCAUCAAAACAAAGUGCCAUUGCAGGAGAGCUGGAUCGCACUGUGGGAGAGGUGCUGAAGAAGCUGGAGCAGCUGAGAGUGACUGCGAGUGGUUUCUGA